UACGGCACGGGUCACAAAGAGAACGGAAUAUCGAUUCCUAUGCCGGCCGCUAGAGCGCACUCACGUCACAUUGAACUAAACAUGGCGGCGCGAUCAAUGAAGUAGUAGUGUGUAGUGAACUCUAGUGUAAAAAAUUGAUAUGAUUGAUCUCUGUGUUGUUUUUGUGUGUGAUGUUUUAAAUUAAAUGGGCCAUGGGCCGAGGCCAGGAGUUGUUGGACGCUGCCCGCAAGGGCGACGUGCGGACUGUUACGAAAAUACUUACACUAAUAACGAAAAGGAGUGGUCCGUUUACAAGUUUACGAAGAGGCGCUGGCGUCAACGUUCAGGACGAUAACGGGUACACACCACUCCAUCAUGCUUGUAUGAAUGGCCAUAGGGAGAUUGUUCACCUCCUACUCAAAGUGGACGCGUCGCCAUGUGUAGUGGACAAAAAGGGGGCAACGCCCCUCCACCUGGCAGCUUGGAAGGGGGACUCACAUGUUGUAUCUAUGCUGCUAGGCCACUGCAACCCCCCGGUCAAUAUAGACCAGAAGGUUAGGGCAACGCCCCUCCACCUGGCAGCUUGGAAGGGGGACUCACAUGUUGUAUCUAUGCUGCUAGGCCACUGCAACCCCCCGGUCAAUAUAGACCAGAAGACCAACGACCAAGAAACGGCACUCCUCAUCGCGGCACAGUUUGGCCACGUGGAUGUCGUGGCACAGCUUAUAGCCAAAGGAGCUGACGUCUCGCUCAAGAACAACAAGGAGGAGAGCCCGCUGGAUCUGGCGUCUCAGUAUGGGAAGUUAGAAACGGUGGUGCAGCUAAUAACCGCGCAUCCCCAAUUGCUCGACCCGUACCGGUUCCCCAUCGGCCGGGGUCGGUCCUUCCCCACCACCCCCCUGCACCGGGCUACUAUGAAUGGAAACAAGGAAGUGGUAGCAUAUCUAAUAGAUGCCGGUAUGGACCCAAACGUCCGGACCGAGAACGGUACAGCAUUACACGAGGGCAUCCGGUACCUUCAAGCGUCGGUAGUCAAGGUGCUGCUGUCCAAAGGGGCGGAUUUGAGGGCCAAGGACAGACAGGGGAACUCUGUCCAUGCCCUAUUGGCUAAGUACCCGGAGGAUGCGACGAAGAAAGUCAAGAAAUAUAUUAGGGAAUACGAGAAUCAAAUAAAAAUAUCAUACGAGAGCGAAGAGGAUCUCCCGCGCAUACCAGUGAACGACUAUCCCAGUCCCGUCGGCGGUUAUGUGAACGCCCACAUGAAAGCCCCAGAGACCCCGAAAAAUACUAACUUUAACCUAAGCUUGUCUCAGUCUUCAUCUUCUUUAACAAAGAAUCCUCAAAGUUUUGUCAAAAAGCUUGCUUCGAAAUGCUUGGGGCUUAAAGCAAAGUUUAAUUCGGCUCCUAACAUUUCUAACAGUUUAGCGUUGGAUUCGGAUGUUUCUGCUAAAUCGCCAAACCCUGAUCAUAAAAGCAUCACAAACACAUUGUCAAUUGGAAAUAGUAAAUUUUUCAACAAGAUACUGUCCAAAAAAGAAGAAUCUGGUGAAAUUAAUUGUAAUGACGAAUUUGACACUAUUUCAUUGGAUCGACUAGGAUCUUUAAAUAGGGAUUCAUCGGUUAACAGAAGCAAUCGUAGCUGUCCUGGGUUUAAGACUUCUUUACCGAAUAUUUCUGAAAACGCUGAACUCAGUGAUUCAGAGUCUGUAGUAAUUACUGAAAUUGACUGUGAUACUUCACGGCGGCCUAAAGAAGCCAUUAAUUUACACACAAAACUUACUAUAUUCGAGCCUAGGGAUCGUCUCAGUACGAAUAAUGAGGCUGAAACAAACAACGAUUCUGUUGAUCUAGUUAAUGAAUGUUACGAACAAUGUAAAUUCGCAGAGAGUGAAAUAGAAAAGGAUAAAGAAAGCAAUAACAAUUUACCUAAACCAUUGCCACGAGCCAAUGUGGCGGUACAUUCUAGUGAAGACGACCUCAUUUAUGAAAAUGUUACUACGCUUAAUAAGCGCGGACCACCUACACCGGCUGUGAGAAAUAACGUGCCGUCGAAAAUGCUUUUAGAUGAAGUGCAACGUAAAGCGUUGUAUGAAAAUAUAUCAGUUUUAAAAGAAAAAGUACAAGAUGAAUCGCCAUCUAAUACUAACGUUAUCCCUCAAGAAAAAAUAAUACAAAGCAAAAUGGAGAUGCUACCUAUAAGUAGAUCUUCUACCCCGUCAUCUUCAUCUGAUUCUAUGGAAGACGAAUCUAAUCUUGAAGAUAUACUGCUUUCUCAAAAAUCUAAAUCGUUUCGACGAAUUGAAAAGAUUACAUCGUAUACGAGUAAAAGUGAAAUCAGUAGGACUCAAUCGAAUGCGUCUGAUUUCUCUGAAUUAACGGAAGCCAGUGCCAUCGAAAAUGUAGAUUGUAGCGAAGAAAUAUAUACAACAAUGAGUGGGACAUUACCUAAUAAAUCAAAAAUAGACUCAGAAAAGAAGAAGAAAGUACUGUUUAGACAUAAAACAUUCACAAAUAUUGAAGUAGAUAGAAAUUCUGCAAAUUUAAAUUCGUCAAUGCCUUUCGACCAUAACGACUUUAAUUUUAUGAAGGAAACUUUAGCUAAUUAUCAUAUAAGAGGCACUGGUCAUUGCAUUCAUAAAGCACCAACUGUUGAAGAAUUUAUUUAUAUCUUCAAUAGAGAGACUCUUUACACAGACACUCCUCCGUUCACUUUGAUGCCCAAUGACAGUAAAAGGGACAGCUAUUUUGAAACGGCUAUCUGCUUUUGUAGGCCAAAAGUUCCAAAGUAUCACAAAAGUGCUGAAGAUUUAUUACAGCUACCGUUUGAUUUACCAGAAGAAAAUAAAGUGACUAUCGAUAUUGACGCUCUACGGGCUAGAAAUGAAAUAGUUUCUACGUCAUUUCGUUGUUUUUGUGAUUCCGGAGAAUGCACUUUUCACACUAAAAGACGUGAGUCGAUAAACGAUCUGAUUGUAAAGUUUUCAGCGGUAAAGAAAAGUAUAUCGACACCCGAUAUCACGCUAGAUACUUCUUUUUCGGCAGUAAAUAGAAGUAGUUCUAUGAGAAAUCCAUCAGCUAAGUCCAAAACAGAAAAUCAUUACGCAGUAACAAAUAUAGAAGACAUCGUGUUAAGAAAUAAAAAAAUAGAAACCUCAAAUCCUGAAAGUCCCAUCUAUACGGUUAUGUCGCAACCUUCUACAAUUUCGUCUUCUGUCGGACAAUAUUCUAUUAAAGACAUAGCUGAUGUAAUUUCAAUUAAUAGUCAUUCUGAAUCAUCCGACGCUUCCCCUGUAUGUGCUUUAAAUUCUGCUCAUUUACCGCUGCGCAAAUCGACAUCAUCGGAAUACUCAGACCGUUGGACAUUAGCCUCAUCCAAUUCAAACACGACUGUCCAAUCUGAUACAUCGUUCAAAACUUGCUUUGAAGAUCCUGAAGAGGAUUCUGACGAUGGCACAUUGCAUUCCGACGAAGACUCAUCAGACGCCGAAACCAUUAAAUCUGAUGUUAGUACAGCUAAAAGACCGUGGGUUCACAGUGACUCUUUCAACUUCGGUCAGAGCGGUCCUAAGAUCCAAAACUACGCUAUUUUGGAAGAGGAUUCAAACUCCGACGACUCGUUGAAGUUUGAAUCGUCUAAGAUCGAGAGUGGUAUUAGCGUAGGAGGGUCUGAGAGUAGUUCGUCGGGGUGCGAUGAGGACAGUGGUAUUCCGGGGGUGGGCGGUGCGUCUGGUGUGGCUUCGCUUGAGCGGGACGCGGGAUCGGUGGGUGUUCGCAGCGGGUCGGGGCGGCGGCGCUGGGACGAGGCAGAGGGCACGAGCGAAGGCGACGCGCUCAGCAUCUCCAGUGCGGCGUCUAGCUGCGCGCCGCACCAUCUGGCGCAUCAUCACGACUACAGCAAAGUUUCGCCCACGCCGCCUAAGAAACCUCCCCGAAGAAAUCUCUCAGUAUCUCCCACUCACGCCAACUCGCCCUCCUCCGGGUACAGCUACGAGCUGCGGACCCAUGCGAGGAGUCAGGACGACUUGGAUGAGAUACAGGUAUGCUACACACACUACCCUUCACUUAGGGCUCGCCUAAGAUACCCUGAAGAAAUCUCUCAGUAA